GUGGUUUAGUAUUGCAGAAGCUCGUAGCGCGGUAGUUCAUGUUAUCGGCCGGGUCCGUUGGUUGAAUCGUAACCGCGCGUAAAAUUUCAAAUUAAAAAGAAGCCGCUGAAAAAUUCCCAAAAUUUCGAAGAAAAAAAGUCGAAUAUUUCGUGAUAUCUAAGGACCGAGGCUUCGAGUACGUGUCAAUGUCUGGAAUAUGAUGGGCGAUGAUCGGAUAAGUCUUAGUGCCAGCAGAAACGCUUUGACGUGGCUGCUAGGAAAUGCCAAUGUUUGGUACAUGUUAUAUCACUUCAGCAAAACAGGACAACAAAGUUUUACCAACAUUCAAAAAAGCGAUAUAUCAAUUCUAGACGAUUUGUUUACAAUAGAUGAGAACGAACAACCGCUCGCAAUGCAAGAAAUAAAUGAGGAAAACCUUAACGCAGAAACUUUUAACAAUGGUGCCCUCAGUUUAUCGCCUCCUCCUCAUGUGGUAUCCCAAAAAGAAAAUCUACAAAUAAUGCAACCUGCAAGCAACCCAGGAACUCCUCCAUUAAGUCCAUGUGUUUCCCCAGUGGCUCCCAUUGGAACUUUGGAUCCAAAUUGGCAGGCAACAAAGCACACAGUUAGAGACCGAAAUGCGGCAAUGUUUAAUAAUGAUCUCAUGGCUGAUAUUAGAUUUAUUGUUGGACCAUUAAACAAUACUCAAGUAAUUCCAGCGCACAAGUAUGUCCUGGCAACUGGUAGUUCAGUAUUUUAUGCAAUGUUUUAUGGGGGCUUGGCAGAAUGUAAAGAUGAAAUUGAAGUUCCAGAUGUUGAACCCAAUGUUUUCUUGACUUUGCUCAAGUACCUUUACUGUGAUGAAAUUCAGCUAGAAGCAGAUACUGUGUUGGCAACUCUUUAUGUUGCAAAAAAGUACAUAGUACCUCAUCUUGCCAGAGCUUGUGUCAAUUAUCUUGAAACUAGUCUUACAGCCAAAAAUGCAUGCCUCCUUUUAAGUCAAUCUAGGUUAUUUGAAGAGCCAGAGUUAAUGCAACGCUGUUGGGAAGUGAUUGACGCGCAGGCAGACAUGGCACUUGGGUCUGAAGGUUUUGUUGAUAUAGACAUGUCAACUUUGGAAUCAGUGUUAGCUCGUGAGACCCUAAAUUGCAAAGAAAUGAAUUUGCUGGAAGCUGCGUUAAACUGGGCCACUGCAGAGUGUGGUAGGAGAGAAAUUGAACCCACACCUCAAAAUAAAAGAACUGUUUUGGGAAAGGCACUAUAUUUAAUUCGAAUACCCACAAUGACUUUAGAGGAAUUUGCAAAUGGGGCUGCACAAAAGGGAAUUCUGACCCAACAGGAAACAAUUGACAUAUUCUUUCACUUUACUGCCAACAAUAAACCAUCUUUGCAGUAUCCUAUUAAACCUAGAGCAGGACUUAAAACUCAGGUAUGUCAUAGAUUUCAAUCCUGUGCAUACCGAUCCAACCAAUGGCGCUAUAGAGGUCGCUGCGAUAGUAUACAAUUCUCAGUAGAUCGAAGAAUAUUUGUAAUAGGGUUUGGGCUGUAUGGAUCAUCAAAUGGAGCAGCCGAUUAUAGUGUGAAAAUUGAACUCAAAAGACUGGGACGAAUUUUGUCUGAAAAUAAUACCAAGUUUUUCUCAGAUGGCUCAAGUAAUACAUUUCAUGUAUACUUUGACAAUCCCAUCCAAAUUGAGCCAGAAUGUUUCUACACUGCCUCAGCAGUGUUAGAUGGUGCGGAGUUAAGUUACUUUGGCCAGGAAGGCAUGAGUGAGGUGACUGUGGGACAAGUAACUUUUCAGUUUCAAUGUUCUUCAGAAAGUACCAAUGGGACUGGGGUGCAGGGUGGACAGAUACCUGAAUUAAUAUUUUAUCCAUCUCAUGAAGAAUAUUAG